UUCAAGAUGGCGGCGGUGUGCAUGGGAGAUAAUGGUUCAUUAGAUAGUGAGGAUUUAGCUGAAAGGAAUACCGAUCCUGUGUUGUUCGAUAUGGUGAAGAAAAAUGGCAUCAAUCAUAAUUGUUUAUUUGGAGAUAAAAAUUGUGACCCAUUGGAAUCUACCGUGUCAAAGCAUGAAAAAAUGCCUAAAAUUAAUGGGUGCAGCGUGAAGCCACAAGGCUUGCCUGCGUUUCCUAAACCAUCCAUCCCAACUUUACGAUCAAGGAAAGACAAAAUACCUCCAGAAAUCCAAAAGAGGAAGAGGAGAGCAUCUAAGCAAGAUAUUAGUGAACCUAAAGAAGAAAUUAAGGAUAUAGAAGAGAUCAAACUAGCUCACCUUGAGUUAGACACAUCCAGCCUUAAACAUGAAGUGCCAAGUCCCAGUGAACCGCCGUCUGCUCCGUGCUCAGAGCAGGUCACGCCCGACACCUCAAGAUCAUGUACGCCAAAUCCGUUCCUUGCACCAUCAGCAAUCACCAUCCCAAGCAAUAAAGACUCACUAAACUGCAAAAACUGUAAAACAAAGGUUGAAGAAAAACAAAUUCCAUGCCGAUGGAGAAACUGCUCAGUGAAAAUAGACCCUAGUAUAAAUAUGUUGGAACAUAUACGACAGGUCCAUGUAGAUCCUCAACAACAGAGUGAGACUUUUGUGUGCCUGUGGGAUGGAUGCAAGGUGUAUAACAAGUCCUCCUGUUCCAUGUCGUGGCUGUCGAGACAUAUCGUGUGCCACAGCGGACACAAGCCCUUCAAGUGUAUUGUGGAGGGGUGUGGGCAGAGGUUCACCACUCACGCGGGACUGGAGAGACACGUCAAUAGUCACUUUAAUACACUACCACAAGCCAAUCAGAAGACGCAGAAACUUCGGGAAGACACGCCAACCAAAUUACUGCGGAAACGAAAGAUAAAGAGAAGGCGGCCUCAAGGAACUCGAACAGGCGAUUUCUUUGACAACUGCAUCAUGGCUAGAUUGCAGCAAGAGUUAGAAGAUCUCACCCAGCGCACACAGCUAGACGUCCUGGGACCGCCGCACUCUGUCACAUUCCACAGUGCUGUCAUCGCAAAGCGAACUGAAGAAUCAGGAAAAAUCAAAGUAUUACUCCACUGGACCCCAGAGGACAUUUUGCCGGAUGUAUGGGUGCCUGAAUCUCAAGUCAGCGAACAGUCACAAAGAGUCAUUCCACUUACCCAGCUACCUCGAGACUCUACCGCAAACCUCCAUCCCUCCCUCUACAGGCACCAUAGGUUCCGAAAACAUCGCCGAAAAUAAUACCUUCCCAGCAUGCAACAGUGCAAUUACCCAACUACGUACAUGUGUGAAAGAGUGUGUGAGCCUGUAUGGAGACUGUUUGUCUUGUUAUUGUUGUCCUUGACAUAGGAUUGUGUUGCAGAUACUGUAGCGAGUGUUCACUGUGUUUUCAUGUCAUUGUUUAGUGCUUUUAGCUUUUUGCAAUGUUUAGUUGUUAAAGUCUUGUGUUAUGAAUGUUUUACCAACAGUUUUCCAGAAGUCCAUUUCACCGGUUCAGGAGUUCAGUGUUGGAUCUAUUGUCAGUGCAUUGUUAGUUGAUUUUUAAAUUCAUUUUAAUCAACUUGUAUAUUAAUUGAUGGAUGAGUCCUUAUGUACUAUUUAUUAUUUUAGAAUUUGAAUUAUUGAAUAUAGCAGUUUAGGAAUAUCCUCUCUUAUGAGCCCUUAAUGUCGAACAAAAUACCAUCUGUAUCAUAUUGAAUUUCCUUUGAUUUGUAAACACCAUCUUGUCCAUUUUAUUUUCAAUUCAUUUAUUGAAGCAGUAAUAUUGACUCUUAAUGAAACCAGUCUCAAAAUGUCAAAACCUAUUUGUGGUAAGGUUUACAUGCAACACAAUAAAACCAUGUGAAAGUUAAACCUUGGACAAAUAAUGUUAACAUUUAAGGAAAACUCUUUAUAAGGCCAGACCAAUUUCUGUGCUGUAAUCUUUUUCAAUGCCCUCUCUUCCGCCCAAAUACUGUGAAUUCCAUUUGAUUCCAUGCAUUUUUCGAACACCUUUGUUGUGUCCGAAAUACAUCGUCUUUGUUGAAGAUGAAACAACACACAACUAGUCUUGUGGAAAGCAUGAGAUGAUGAUUGUUACUUUUCGCUUAGUAACUCACCUCCUGUCAACCACAAAAACAAUUUCAUUUUUUGCCUCCUGAGUCAGUGACUUUUGCCUAGAAAAUCCAUAAUCACACGAAACAAACUGGUCUGGCCAAAUGUUAUUCUUGAAAUGAGAAUGUACUGUGGGUAUUUUGUUGUGUAGUACUGUAUAGCACGUGUUCUCUACUGUAUGACGAUCUGUAGGAUGAACUGCUGGUUCUCAGGCCGUGUGACACCCCUUGUGACAAUUCAUCCUUUGGCAGCAUUUAAAAAACAAUUAAGUUUCAAAGUUUUAUCAGAACCAUGAGGUGAACUCGAUCUAGACAGUCCUGCAGUUUUUUUAUUCAAGUCUGUUGAAAUGUCUCCAUUUAUAUAGUUUCCAUGGGAACAUUUUUUAAAUAGUAUCCUUUAUACUCCAACAGACUACCAUAGAGCGCAAACCAAAGUUAAGGACCACACAAUUCUUUCAUAUUACAAUAGUUACUCUGUCAUGCCAUGACAUACGUAAAAGUAGGUAUGUUGUAUUUUCCAUUUUUCUGUGAAAGAACAAGUUAUAGCUGAAUCCUGGUCACCAUUUAUGUAGACAUUUAGCAAGAUGCAAUUGAUAUCAAAAUGUUUGUUUUACUUUCUUUUUUUUAUAUUAAUUUUUAUUUUUAUUAUUUUUAUUUUUAUUAUUUUUUUUUAUUAUUUUUUUUUUUAUUUUUUAUUUUUUUUAUUUAUUUUUUUUAUUUUUUUUUUUUUUGAAUUUACUUACUCAGGUCAGCCACGGUGACCUAGGCUCUAUAAAAGUUAUUAAUUGAUCACAGCAGGUAAACUGUUUUGAUGCAGUGUAAAUAAGUGUGCUGCUCAGGUCUAAGAAUGUUCAUUGUCUUAAUUACGAAGAAAUACACUGUCAUCAAGUUGGGCUGUCGUGCUGAUCCACACAGUGCCUGAGAACUCAGAAUAUUUAUUUUUAGCCUUACGUUAUGUCAACCGGUAUCACAAGGCCAGGACACGUGUCCUUGCUUGUGGGCGUCUCAAUGUAGAACCAUCACAAUGGUAGGUCCAGGGUGUCUUUGAUCAAGUGUAAAUUGAAACAAUCCUUGAUGAGUUUCAUGUAAAUACGAAAACUAUAUUUGUGUACAGAUAAUCUGGUUUUAUUUUAAAAAAGUAAAUAGAUGUUGUCAUCAGUGCCUCCGGUGUCGGAACAGAACAUGUCUUAAGCUGAAAAUCAUUUUGCACAUCAAUUGUAAAAUUGGUCAUAAAACCGAUACUUUACCAUGUUAGCUUUAAAUCAGUCUUGGACUGGAUAGAAAAUAUAUUACUAGGUACCUAUGAUCUGAUUUUUCAUCUUAAUUGAUGUUCUGUCGGGACACCUAUUCUCCAGCUAUAUUGAGUAUAGCCUACUUGUAUAUACCUAGGCCACGUUGGCCACGUUGAUGGAGGUCUGCAGUGUUUGUGGACUUCUUUGUGUCCGUCAUAAUUUGAGCAUCACAGCUAAAAUGAUAAAUACUGACAAAGUAUUAAGUGGGUCAAGUUAAGGAUGUUAUCACAAAUGUUUUCAUUUAUUUUUUCAAACAUAUAUCCAACCGUGUUGUAAGAGAUUUUUUUUUUUUCUGUAGAUUUAAUUAUACAAACUGUUCUGUAUCUUCUCCAAGUUUGCAUGUAACUUAUCUCACAUUCUGAGCGGUCUUUUGCUGUUUCGCUAUUUCUGUUCGUCUAGCUGAUUAGAACUGCUGCGAUGCUGAUGUUGCUGAGAGGGCAGUUUGCUACUUUCCGCUGUGAACCAAAGUUCCCCCUGAUGAUAUCCUCAGGGGUCCGGGGCAUUUAUCAUAAUAGAACGGAGAUAAAGUACCCUAGAUGACAGAGGAUGUCCACCCCACUCAUCCAGAUCUGCCCAGAAUGGGAACAUGUUAUUUCUUGUCUUUCAUCUGUGGGUAUAGGGACCAACUAUUGUAGGGGGACAGUCUAUUGUAGGGGGAUCGUCUAUUGUAGGGGGACCGUCUAUUGUAGGGGGAUCGUCUAUUGUAGUGUGGGCUGUCUAUUGUAGGGGGACCGUCUAUUGUAGGGGGAUCGUCUAUUGUAAGGGGAUCGUCUAUUGUAGGGGGAUCGUCUAUUGUAGGGGGACCAUCUAUUGUAGGGGGAUCGUCUAUUGUAGGGGGGACCGUCUAUUGUAGGGGGAUCGUCUAUUGUAGGGGGACCAACUAUUGUAGGGUGGAUCGUCUAUGGUAGGGUGGAUCAUCCAUUGUAGGGGGGACCAUCUAUUGUAGGGUAGUCUGACUAUUGUAGAAGUGAUCAUCUAUUGUAAGGGGGAUCGUUUAUUGUAGAGUGGGUGUGCAUGAUUUUGUUGAUCAUGCAACUUUUUCAGACAUGAAUGAAAUAUAAAAAUAGUUCAUUUUAAUAACUAAUCAAUGAUUUUUUUCAAUAUUUUAAGUUCUCCACCUGAGGUUGACCUAGUAAGUCCCGAAAUGUAUCUCGCCAUGUUAUUCCCUUAAAGUAGUAGUAACAUUUCCCGAGCAACAGAUUUUUCACACCAGAGACUUUCAAGGAAUGCUUCAGUUUUACCGGCAGGGUGCAUGGGUGGCAAGUUCGAAAACGCCACAAUUUGCAAUACAGAAUUACAUCCCUUUGGAAUACGUUUGAAUCCUGGUUUGCCCUGAUUAUGUUGCUAGGUUUGAUAGUACAAUACACAUGUCCGUGGGAUUCACCAAAUAUCUAGGACCUGCAUCAGUUCACUUGAAAUACAGUUAAAAGCGGCAUAAAAGCAAAUUUAUUCACUCAGUUAGGUUUACUGGCCUGAUUCAACAGUGCAGUACCAUGUGACUUGGUGUUGCUGACUUUCCUAGGGGUGUUUUGUAACCAUUCGUUGAAAUGUUGGGUUAGAAGCAACACAUAAAACAAAUAGUGAUGUUAGAUCAAACAUUUCCACACCACAGUCAAACAUUUCCACAUCGUAGUCAAACAUUUCCACACCUCAGUCAAACAUUUCCACAUCGUAGUCAAACAUUUCCACACCUCAGUCAAACAUUUCCACAUCGCAGUCAAACAUUUCCACAUCGUAGUCAAACAUUUCCACACCACAGUCAAACAUUUCCACAUCGUAGUCAAACAUUUCCACAUUGACGGGAUUCACAGUAUGGAUGAAGAUUUGAAAUAGAAAAUGUUUUAUUUAUGUUGGUAGGUGAAACGAUGUGUUGAUAUAUUAAAAAAACACCAUAUCCCCAUGUGGAAAGAGGCUGUCAGAUCUGAUGGCGGUUUCAGUCAACAAAACCACACUUUGUUUUGGUGUAGCGAAUAAAGGUACUGCUAAGUCGAUGACAUGUUUCCAUGACGAUGUAGCUGUGUAAUCAUUACAUUGUUGCUGAGUGAAGAACAAGACCAACAUCACGUGAGUAGGCGAUGGAGAAGCAGCCAGUCUUCAUGCAUCGUAGCUCGUUAGGUUGGACAGUAAUUAUAUUUCCCUAGAUAAUGAUAAAUAAUAUUCACUUGCAGACUUCAGUUGGCAGAUUUCCAUUUAAGAGAAUGAUUUCAUGCUUACGUGAUUCUUUUCUUUUUUGUAACUUGAUGCUGUUGCAGAAUAUGAAAUUAAGCAGUUUGUUGGUCGCUGUUGAAUAAAUACCAACUUGGGUUUGUAUAUUGCGCCAUGACAUAGAUCACUAGCUGCCAUUACAUCAGUCAAGAAUGAUUUUUUCUCAGUUAUGGAUGAAAUGAUACCAAAACGCACGACAAAAUGGAUUACAAUUGUCCUACAUCUUUCUAUCUAUGCAAAUUGUCGUUUAAGGAUAUUGUGUCAUGGUGAUAAUCCCUUCUACGUUACUGUUCAGUAUUAAAGGUUGUGUUAGUCUCAUGUGAGCCAGAUUGCUGAAUCGGAGUCCAGUAAAACUUACUGGUCGACUUAGACAAGGAGAGAACUGUAAAACAUCUAGAAACCACCUGCACCAGCUUUUCUGUCAAGGACGUUAAGAGAUAUGUGCAGAUGUUUUUAGCUGUACUCUUCCCUAUUUCCUCAUUUUGCUGUUAGUCACACCGAGCUGAACAAGAUUUAUACAUGGUAUAUUAGGAUGGUAUAAAUAUUUGUAUGUCAUGCAAGGAAUUGGACCUUGAUUGGAAGGAGCAUCCCUGUGUAAUUUGUCUGCAUAAUGUUACGGGACAUAAUUGAUACACGGCUACCUGUGAGUGGAUAGCAUUAACGUGUGGCUGUGGGGCUGUCACUGCAACACCGCAAUAAUCUCCUCAAACUUCAUUUGCUAUGCCAGUUUUAGUGUUAAACAGUUUUGUAUAAUGAUUCUUUGUGUAGUAGUACUGUGUUUUGAAGAGGAUCUUUGUUGUUUCAAUAAAUGCCUAGUCUUUUUCGUAACCAAAUCUUGUCCAUUUUUCAAAAGAGUUUAAUGGACACAAUAAGCAAUUGAUAAAGUUUGUUGAAUAUUGUCUGAAUAUUGUCUUCUCCUUUUGUCAGUGGCUUGAUAUUGUUAAUACACAAAUACUUAUUACUACUCCCAAGAAUAUUUCUUUUCUAUUACUGCUUAUAUCUUGAAACGCAUUUACUCAUUAAGUUCUGUUAUCAAAUGCAUAGAGAAGAGUGCUUACCUCUGCCAGGUGAGGGAGCACUGGUUGGUCUGUGCCCCGUUCCUCAAAGCGAUCUUAGCGCUACGAUGACCGUAAGCCUAUGUUAAAGUAUGGGACUUACGAUCACCUUAGCGCUAAGAUCGCUUUGAGGAACGGGGCCCUGGACUACAUAUGACUUACAGACCCGUAAUAGGUUGAACUUUCUGUUGUAUAUUAGUUGUGAUGGUCUUGUGAUCAAUUUACAGACUUAAUGUGUCGUGAAUGAACUGUGCUGUCGCAGGAGAAACUUCACCCACACAAACAUUGACCAGAAGGGAGAAACAUGAUCAAGCCGAGUGUGUACAGUUUAGUAAAUUUGGGGGUUUUUUUGUUUGUCAGAUAUUUCAUUGUAUUCACUGAUCAAAAUACCCUCCUGUUCUUCUGUCCUAAGUUUUUCUGGUAGUUUAUAAAAAAAAUGAAAUAAUUAAUAGUAUUUUUUUUAUGUUUCAGUUACAUAAUAUAAAUGUCUGGGUUUUCAAUUGUUGCACAAACUGAGUUGGUAGCAAUCCUGGCGUCGCUGUAAUGUUACCAUGUUUUUGUACAGAUCUGUUGAUGUCAUGUUUUUGUAAACACCUCAUUCAGAAAUUAUCUCUAUGCGUGAAAUAUUUUAAGUGGAUUUUUAACAAAACAGGGAUAUACUUUAUGCUGUUUUUCAUAGAAUUGUAAAAUCAACUAUUACCUGUAUGCUCAACAGUGCAAAUUAAUAUUCUAUAACUGCCAAAUAGUGUUACGGCUAUAGUGUCCAUGACAUUGUGAGAGCUUUAAUAUGCAACUUUGAGGUAUUAAUGCGGCGUGUUUUUCUGACGGGAGUUAUUUAGCUAAUGGAUUUAUUAACUGCAAAACAACAGCCAUAUUGUAAGUUUGAAGUUCAUUUUGAAAAAAAUAUUGUUUUAAUUCCAAGUUGGUGAACUAAUGGUAUAUAAGGCUGCUGCGAGAAAUGUUCGACCAACUAUAAUAUCGUCAUGACAGUACACACCAGGUCAACACUGAUGAUGUGUACAUUGCCUGGUGGUGUAAGAUAAUUAAUUGUCCAUAAGGAAAUUUCCAAAAUCAUGAUCUCCAAAGGGUUUAUUGUAAAGCAAAAAUUAUCAAAAAUCAUUUUCAAGAUUUGGUUUGUAAUAAAAUUUCACUGAUUUUUGCAAGAACAUUGACAAUAAAUUGUAUCAUCAUUAUUACUAAUAUUUCUUUCUUAGAAAAAUGCAAAUUACAUGUCUUAUUUUUCUCCAUACUGCUCAAGGCACUGUAGUGAAUUUGCUCAAAAUAAUGUUUUCAGGGAAGAAGAAAAUGUAUAAACAUAACAUGUAGCCUCAUGUGACAAAUUGAAUCAAAUCCUUAAAGAAGUACCAGUAAAAUAAAAUGAAAGUUGUAUUACGCCAGUGGCACAGAACCCUUUGGAUGAUCACUUUUGGUAAACGUCCUUGUGGCCAAUGGCUGUAGUUUCGCCUGAAUAUGUUGCUGGGGAACAUUGUUUUAUUACAUACCUAGUGAGGUAUAUGACAUACCCAGUGGGGGUUAUCACAUACCUAGUGAGGUAUAUGACAUACCCAGUGGGGGUUAUUACAUACCUAGUGAGGUAUAUGACAUACCCAGUGGGGGUUAUCACAUACCUAGUUUGGUAUAUGACAUACCCAGUGGGGGUUAUCACAUACCUAGUGGGGUAUAUGACAUACCCAGUGGGGGUUAUCACAUACCUAGUGUGGGGUAUGUAAUGUACCUAGUGGGGGUAUACGACAUGUUAUCAGUCUCUGUUGACUCAGGUUAUCCGUGCUAGUGACUGAUUAGAGGUGUUAUCACUCCUUGGGACAGAUGACAUCAGAAACUUCACUUGGAAUCAGACUAAGGAAGUGUUGUGUAGCCUUCCAUCAAAUAUAAUCACAGUGUGCAAUAGACAUGUUCAUUCUGGCUGCCCAUCAGUAGCUUGUCCCAAUAAGGCUGGAACAAUUCAUGGAGAUCAAAUCCAAAUUUAAAUCUUAAGUCAAUAUGACACCCAUUAUGUAUGAGUACGUAGCUUUUUACAAAAUGUUAUAAAUUUCUGAACAUCAAAUGGUUAACAAACGGAUACUGAUCAACAGUUUUAGUUCUGUCGAAGUUUAUUGUUCAAUCUGAUCAUGUAUUCGUCUUGUCGUAAUAUAACAACAUUGAAAAGUGUUGUUUUCAGUCAUCAACUUUUCUUAUCUUUUUUUUCUUCCCAAAUAUACAAUGUUACCUGAAAUAGGUUAUUAAAAUAUGUACAUGAGUCUCAUGAACAAACAACUGUAGAGCUUUUGGAAAAAGGGGUGCGUUUUUGGAUUUGGACAUUUUCAUUUUGUAACUCUGUAAAUUUUGUUGAAAGUAAUCAUGAAAAGAGUUACAAAGUUGUAAUAUGUUUUGGUAUGAACACACCCCUACACCUCUGGGUCCGCUUAUGAGGAACCAUAUUGUAAGGACUUCAGUGCGCAGCCUUUUUGAAAUUUACGCUCAUCUGCUAUACCCAGACUUCUAAAUUGUGCUGGACAAAUAAUAAUCCAAUAAUAGUUGUACUCAUAGACUAGUAGCAUCAUUCUGAGCCAGUCUCAAUGCUUCAAUUUUGCCACAAAUUGAAACGGAAUAAUGUAAACAGUAAGCAUUAUGGUUUGUUCAAGGAACUAGCUGCAAACUCUGACGAUGAGUGAAAUAAAGUUUCCACUAGUCUUCUGGGGCCUGUUCCACAAAGCGAUCUUAGUGCUAGGAUUGUCGUAAGCCUGUGUUAAAGUAUGGGAGUUACGAUCAUCUUAGCGCUAAGAUCACUUUGUGGAACGGACCCCUGAACAUGUCCUGAGAGAAAAACAAAUGUCAAAGGCUGAGUGUGACGUCAGUGCAGUGAUUCAGCCAUACAUUGUAUUUCUAAAUGAAAAAUAUACAAGGUAUUUGGCAGGCUGGAGACCAAUGUGAUGAGGAAGAAUGACAAGAUGGCUUUUAUUCUGUACUAAUAUCGAGUGUGUCCCAGACACGGAACCAUGUCGAGAUGUUGUACGGGAUUAUUGGUUAACGACCCUCCUGGAUGGGUUCCUUGUACAGUCGGUGACCAGACCUUCAGGACAAUGUCACAAGGGCAUCUGUAGACAAAGAUUCUUGUAUGGGCCCUGUGAAGUUUACUAAUUGCUUUGAGAAAAUGAAGAGUUGAUUGAGGAGCAUUGGUUAAGAAUCAUGCUAACCGGUAUAUUCUUUUUGAAACUUAGUUUAAGUCAUAUUUGUCUGAUAAACAAAAAAAAAUAAAUUUCAAAAUCUCAAGCAGUCAUUCUGAAGUAUGUUGAUGAGACAAUUUUAUGUGUUAACAAUGUCGUUCAGGGAGGUACCACACGUGUAGGUGCUGCCACCUAGUGGGGAUCUCCUGCACAAUAGGUAGGAUGAGACACAGGUACAACUCCCAAGAUUCAACCGCACAAUAGGUACCGUUGGGGCGAAACACAGGUACUCGACUACAAAAAUACCAACCACACAAUAGGUAGGAUUAAACACUCAACUAAUAUACCACAGAUAAAACAAAUUGUUCUUGUUUGUUGUUGGUUUUUUUGUUAGAAUUUUCUUUCUUUUCACCCUCCGUUCAUAAAGUGAGAAGCUCCCAUAAUGAUGGAACUGUUUUCGGUAUUGGUGUUUCAGUGCCUGUGGGAUGUAUGCGAAGCAUGGAUGAACACCAUUAGCAUCUCGAUCUCAUUGUAGAUAGUACACACUACCAUGACUGGGAGUGCCUGUCUUGUCACACCUUGUUUCCUAUAUUGAGUAUGUCAGUGUCGUCCUCAUAAUGCCAUGGCAACGCAACAACUUGCACUGGGGAACCACGCCUCCGUCACAGCCAGGCGGCCAAACGAGUUCUGAUAAUAAUGAAGUAGUAAGGUGAUUGUUUUGUUGAUCAAAGUCAGCUGCUUGUCUAGUAUUUCUUUAUUCCAAACUUGCUGUUUGCAUGCAAAGUAAUGUCCCGUAAGUUCAGGAUUAUUCCAAUCUUCUAAUAGAGAGCUGGAAUGAAUCUUAUGGUAACUCCCAAAUUGGAUAUUACCGGUAGAUACAUUCUAAGAACCUUAAAGGUCAUUACAGCAAAUGAGUAGGUUUUACAUGAAGGGGAACACAAGAAAUGGGCUUCAGACGUUGUACUCAUGUGGGAAUGGAACCAGUGAUAUCGGUGUGAUGAACCAACGCUUUAACCACUGGACCACCCCACUCCCCUUCAUUAAGCUUUUCUGUAGCUGGUUUUCUGCAGGAGUAGUCUCUGGCUGUCUUGCGGAACUAGGAUGGUUGUGCGACUCCCCGGAGCAACGUUGUUGUGUAGGUCAUGUGACCAUGCAUCAUACACAAAUCCACCAAUCAUGUGACACCAUAUCCAUCAGGUUGCACUUCCAUAUUUAUUUUUUCAUUGCUGUGUACGUAUCAAUUUGGUGAAGACUUGGAAACAUAUUCUCUUGUUUCAAGUUAUUUAUAAAGCAACGGUAGCUAGCGUUGUAUAGAUAGUUUUGUAAAAAUAAACACUUACAGUUGAAA